AUGUCGUCGCCCGUCAGGCCGCACGAAAGGCGCACGAGCGGCAACUCGAGUGAUCGCCCUCACUCGUCCUCGAGCGAAACUGACGACCAGAUCCACCCCGCAGGCCCCCUGCCGUAUCACAACUAUGGCGGCUACGAGAGUCGCUCGAGCACGCUCACCCCGAGCAGUCUCUCACCCCACGAUCGCGCUUCUUUGGUGUCUACGCCGGGCAACGAGACGCCCAUAGCUUGGGAUCGCACCGCAACAAACACCCCCACUGGCGACGAGAAGAGCGCCAGUCUCUCGGAAUUCAAGGCGGCCAAGGACUCGGCUGGCGCCGUCGGGAGCGGAAUGGUCAAGGAGGAAAAGAAGCCUCGCGCAGACCAGCCUGCCAAGACGCCUGCGAACGGCUACCUCGAUUAUGCCGAUGGUCUCCGAGGUAUUGCCAUGAUCUUGGUGUUCAACGGUCAUUUCAUCGACAACACCUUCGUCGCAACACACCCAGGCACCAUUCAGAACGGUACGCCCGUCGGUAUCCUCAGGAGCCCCAUGGGUUUGGUCCUCUUCUACAUGCUGUCCGGUCGUCUCAACGCCACGUCGUAUUUCCGCAACAAGUCGCUCGGUCGAGCAAUCAGGUGGAGCGUUCUCCCAGAAGCAAUGGUGCGCCGAGCCAUCCGUCUCUUGAUCGUUGGUGCCGUGUGGCUCAUCAUUCAGAAGGUCGAAUGUGGCACCCACGCCUUCGAUCAAACCGUCAUCGCUGAAGGUUGGCUGCAGAGCGGCAACCUCGGCUAUCCGCAGUGGUGCAACGUCGACUUCAACAACCCGUCUCCUUAUGCAUCGGACUGGAAUAUUUCCACUAGCGUCGGCGACAUCGUUGUAGGCCUCCUGCGACUGGCGACCAACCGCGACUACUUGCAGCAGCUGCUCAACACGUCGAUGCUCUGGUCGAUCGUGCCUCAGCUCUGGGGUAUGCUCUCGGUGCUCAUGCUGCUGCCUAUCGUCAUGUUCCUGCGACCCUCGCGUCGAUUCGUGCUCUACGCUCUGCUGCUCAUCUUCCAGGGCUACACGUACAACCAGAACAUCACCUUCACCAUCGGUGCCGUGGCAGCCGACCUCAAGGCCUCGGGGUACAUCAAGAAGUUCAAUCAGAAGUCGCGUCUCGCUUUCCUUGCCACCGAGGUAGCCAUGGCUGCUUUCUUCAUCGGCACGUUCUGCUACAACCCCAUCGCCGUCGGCAUCGACCGCGGUCUGUCCAAGGUCACAAACCGAGAUGGAACGCUGGGCUACGACAUCACCUCCUUCACUGCGGGUCGCAUGCCCAGCUAUGUCAUCCUCGCCGGUGUCCUCUACUUCUGGCUCGAGAUGAGCGUGGUGCUCCAAUGGCUGAUCGGCAACUGGGCCUUCAAGGCGCUCGGUCGUGUCGCGCUCGGCUUCUACGUGUGCCAGAUGUCCAUCAUCUACGGUGUCAUGCCGCACCUGGUCAUCAUCUUCCGUGACAAGGGCUACAGCUUCUGGAGCAACAUGUGGAGCACCUGGGCGAUCACCUUCUUCACCGCCUACGUGGUCGCCUGGAUCAUCACGCACACGCUUGAUAAGUGGGCUAUGCAGUUUUCCGACUGGUUCGCGAGCACGAUUGUGCGAAACGACACGGCAACGACGCUGCGCAUGUCCGCAGUCAACACCGCACGCGCCGUCGUGUUCGGUCCCCCAGCGAUUGCCCGUGCCACUCCCGGAUGGUGUCGCAACAAGUGGGCACAGACCAAGCACUUCUUCUGGGUCCUCUUCCACUGGCGCACCAUGGUUGAGGCGCCUGCCCCGCCUUCGCAUCCUAUGGAGGUCGGCCUGCAGAUGAACCAGCUCCACUCGACGCUCUUCGAUGCGGACAUCUCGGACGAUGAGCAGGCCGUGCGAACGCGAUGGAUGCUGCGAGCCCUCUCCUUCCUGGCGCCCGUUCAGGUCCUCAUCAUUCUCGGUCUCGGCUUCAUCUGGAUGUGGUUCAACCCCUGGGCCGACUACAUCCUCGAUGGCUUCGCCGACUUCUCCACGGUGUGGCGUCUGCUCUGGGCGCUCGCCUUGCCCUACUGUAUCAUCACGACUCUCGGAUUUGCCACGCCGGAUAUCACGCGCACGACGGAGCAGCUCAAGAAGAAGCCGGUGAUUCGCGAGCAUAUCCACCGUCUCUUUAUCGUGUCGGUGACGCGAGGCUCGAACCCCGAUACGACCCGACGAGCUCAUCUGCACCUCAAAAAGCUCGAGAAGUACCAUCCCGCCGUGCGCGCGAUUGUGCUGACCGACGAGCCGUACUACUACCCCGACCUGGACAACGUCAUGACGCCAAAGUCGUACAAGUCGCCGCUGGGCAAGGCCAAGCACAAGGCCAAGGCGCUCGACUACUUCCGCUCGUCGAUGGGCCUGACGCCGUACGACUGGGUGCUGCACAUGGACGAGGAGUCGACCAUGGACGCCGAGUCGCUGCGCGGCUGCUUCGACUUCAUUAGGUACAACACCGCGCACAUCGGCCAGGGCAUCAUCAUCUACAACGGCAAGCGCGAGACGUACUGGGGCAACUGGUUCUUCGCCGUCGCCGACUGCAUCCGUAUCGGAGACGAGCUCGCGCGAUUCUCGCUGCAGGGCAACAUUAUCAAGCGGCCCGUGUUUGGCGUGCACGGUUCGUUCCUGAUGAUCAACGGCGAUGUGGAGAAUAGGGUCACCUGGGACUUUGGCUCGCUCGCCGAGGACUUUGAAUUCUCGCAAGCGGCGUGGUCCAAGGGAUUCACGCUGGGCCGAAUCCACGGAGUGGUGCGCGAGCAGUCUCCGGAAGGCUGGAUGGACUUUAUCAAGCAGCGUCGUCGCUGGUACAUGGGUAUUCGCGGCAUCAACGGUCUCUUCUUCCUGCCUCAGAUCGCGAUCAAGCUCUGGACCGCCGGUAUCUUCUGUCUUGUGGCGACGCUUAUCAACAUUCCUUUCUCGCUGCUGCUCGAGUGGUCGGGGCCGACGCCGAGGUGGCUCUACGUCAUCUCGUGCUUCUGCUUUGGCAACUUCUACUGGCUCUACUACUCGGGUCUCUUCUUCUCGGAGAUCGACUACGGCUACGAGUGGCACCAGAUGUGGCAGGUCCCUGUACAUGCCGUGGCGCUGCUUAUUCUGCAGCCCAUCAUGGCGUUUGUAGAAGGCAUGGCCGUCGUGUAUGCCAUGUCGACCGAAGAUGGAGAGGUGGGCUUCCAAGUCAUCAAGAAGUGA